AUGGGCCUCGAGAAAAAGCUUCAUGCCAAAUUGAAGGCAGAAGAGAAGGCAAAACAGAAGCAGGAAAGGCAGAGAGAAAGAGAGGCAAAAAGACUCGAGAAGGAGAGAGCCAUUCAAAUCAAAAAAGCUCAGCAGAUGAGUCGAAAAGCUUUUCAACCAAAAGAAUGCCUAAAACAUAUGUCUGUGAUCCUUGACUCUGCCAUUGUUAGUAUCACUGGCCUCGAAACAGCUAUUGUCAACAUUUGUGAAAACCUGGGGUCAAACUAUCUCAUUCAGUCACAAAAGAUUCCUUUUGUCAUAUCAUGGAGAAGAUCUGUCAUUGAAUGUGACAUGGGUGCCCAGGUGUUGACAGCUCAGAAAGAUCUUGAUGAAGAUGAGAUUCUUGUCUGUUUACCUUUAGACCACUUUGUUGAACUUGUGUACGGGGCAAAACAGAAACAACGAGGUGAAAUGGUAGCAGAUUUCCAAACUUUACAAGGCUACGUUGACAGUGUACGACAGAUGUAUUUUGGUUGCUCAAUUACUCUGGUUGUUAUAGGAAUGGAAAAUUAUUUCAGAAAAUAUAAGAGAUCCAAGACCCACAAGGGAAACAGAACAGAUACUAUCAUUAGUCGAUUGGAUGUAGAAGAAGCUCUUGUAAAUCUCCAGCUGAGGAAUCUUUGCAAUUGUCAACUGAUAGAAUCAAUUGAAGACAUGGCUGAUAUUGUCCGAACUUUUACAAAAGCUGUCGCUGAAAAGCCAAUGAAAAAGGAUCGUUUACAGUCUGAAUUUACCUUCCACAAUGAGAAGGUUGGAGGAAAUGCUUCUGAUAACCAGUCUUUAUGGAAAACUCAGUUAGAACAAUUUAAAAACAUCAGCAAUGAUAUUUCCAGUGCCAUUGUCAGUCAUUAUCCUUCACCAAAGUCUUUAGUCGAGGCUUAUAAAAAGUGUUCAAAUGAAAAGGAAUGCAUCAAAUUACUUGAAAACAUUAUGGUGCGUAGAAAAGCAGGUAUCUUGGAGACAAGUCGACGUGUGGGUAAAGAGGCUUCACGAAGAAUCUAUCUGCUAAUGACGACAACCAAUGCGGAUUUGGUUCUCAAAUGA